UUAAAAAUAUUCUAGUUGUUUCACAAUUCAUAUGCAUCUUCUACUAGAGCCCUUGUAUUUUUGUAGGCCUACAAUGUACAACUGCAUCUGCAGAUAUGCAACUCCAAGAUUAAUUUUCUAAAUUUUUAUGCCUUGCAGAGAAGUCAUCACGAAGGUUACCACUGAUAUUAGGGAUUACUAUAAGCUUGAUAGUAGUCUUGGAUGGCUGUUGUUUCCUAAUGCUAAGAAAAGCUAUGACUACAGUUUCGAGGAAGAUAGCAACCGUUGAGAAGCAUAGUGGAGAGAGGAGGCUAUUUACGAAAAAGCAAAUUGCCUUCAGCUUAGAAAUUUUGAUCGAAGCGACAAAGCAUUUUAGUCAUAGCAACAAGCUUGGAGAGGGAGGCUUUGGCCCAGUUUAUAAGGGAACAACCAGAGAUGGCAAGGAGAUAGCAGUUAAAAAGUUGUCUGCAAGAUCUCCACAGGGAAGAAAAGAAUUUAUGAAUGAAGUGGAACUGGUGGCAAAUAUCCAGCACAGAAACCUUGUGAAUUUGCUUGGAUGUUGCAGCGAGGAAACUGAAAGGAUGCUUGUCUAUGAGUAUAUGCCUAACAAAAGCCUUUGCACCUUCCUCUUCGGUCAGUCAUUUCUUUGUUACCAAAAUAACAAGUGCUAA